AUGCUGCUCAGGCUUCUGCUUCUGUGGGCUGCUGGAGGACUUUGGGGGCCCAGCGCCGUAUGGGGGUACGGAAAGAUUCAGGACGGAGAGGGACCAGAGGCGCCUUCAUGCCCAUUUCACUGCCACUGCGAAGAAGAUGGCAUCUUCCUCACGGUGGACUGCUCUGAGAUCGGACUGUCAUCUGUACCAAGCAAUCUCAGUCCUUUCACAACAUACCUGGACCUGAGUAUGAACAACAUCAGUGAGAUCCAGCCCAGAGCUUUUCACCACCUGCACCUGUUAUCAGAGCUGCGAAUCUCAGGGAAUCAGCUGAGGUAUAUCUCAGGCCAAGCGCUCCAAGGUCUUCACAACCUCAGAGUUCUGAUGCUCCAGAACAACCAGUUGGAGAGACUUCCUGAUGAUGCUCCAUGGGAUCUCCCCAACCUCCUGUCCUUGCGUCUUGAUGCCAACCUGCUGUCUGAUGUUCCCUCUGAGGCUUUUGAAGGCGUUCGCUCCCUGAGACACUUGUGGCUCGAUGACAACUCCCUAACGGAGAUCCCAGUGAUGGCGCUGGACUCUCUGCCGUCUCUGCAGGCUAUGACGCUGGCCCUCAACCAGAUCACACACAUCCCAGAUUACGCAUUUGCCAACCUUUCUGCUCUUGUUGUGCUGCAUCUGCAUAACAACCACAUUCAGAGUAUGGGUUCAAGAUGUUUUGAAGGUUUACAGAGCCUGGAAACACUGGAUUUAAACUACAAUGACUUGCAGGAGUUCCCUGUGGCCGUCAGGACACUGAGCAAACUUCAGGAACUGGGCUUCCACAACAACAAUAUCAAAGCCAUCCCUGAAAGGGCUUUUGUGGGAAACCCUCAGCUCCAAACCAUUCAUUUCUAUGAGAACCCCAUCCAGUUUGUGGGAAAAUCCGCUUUCCAGUUCUUACCAAAAUUGCACACACUUUCCCUGAAUGGUGCAACCCAGAUUCAAGAAUUCCCUGAUCUGAAAGGAACCACCAGCCUGGAAAUUCUGACGCUGACUCGUGCUGGUCUCUCAGCUCUCCCUCUGGAUCUAUGUGAGCAGCUGCCUCGCCUCAGAGUCCUGGAGCUGUCUCACAACCAGAUAGAGGAUCUUCCCAGCUUUUACCACUGCUCAGCUCUGCAGGAGAUAGGACUGCAGCAUAAUAAGAUCAGGAGGAUAGAGUCAAGUACCUUUCAGCAGCUCACCUCUCUCAAAGCCCUGGAUCUGAGCUGGAACGUGCUUGAAUCGAUCCACCCGGAUGCCUUUGUCUCACUUCAUUCUUUGAUAAAAUUGGACCUGUCCGAGAACCGUCUCAGCUCUGUGCCAGUUGCAGGUUUGGGGGGUCUCACUCAUCUCAAGUUGAGAGGAAACACAUUUUUGUAUGAAGCAUUUGGUCCUGAUCACUUCCCCCACAUGAGAGUGAUUGAGAUGCCUUACGCCUACCAGUGCUGUGUAUAUGCAUCCUGUGAUAGCUACAAGCCAGCGGGCUCAUGGGACACGGAGCAGAGCAACGCUCACGAAGACCUACAGAAGAGGACUGUAGCCGUGUACCAAAUCCACGCUGAUGCUCAGUACGAUCCAUACUUGGAGGAUUUCCAGUUGGAAAUUGAGGAAUCUAAACUGCAGUCCAGUGUGCAGUGUACGCCCACACCUGGUCCCUUCCGCCCCUGUGACUCCCUUUUAGGCAGCUGGCUGGUCCGCAUCGGCAUGUGGUCCAUCUCUCUGGUGUCUCUGUUGGGGAACUCCCUCCUGCUCCUGUCUCUUUUUGGAUCCUCGGGAAACCUGUCACCACUUCACUUCACUGUGGCUUGCAUGGGCGCUUCCAAUCUGUUGACAGGCGUGUGUACAUGCACCCUGGCCCUCAUGGACGCUUUCACUAUAGGACAAUUUAACCACUAUGGAGCGCGGUGGGAAGGGGGUCUGGGGUGUCAGGCGACAGGAUGGGUUUGGGUGUUUGCCUCAGAGGCGAGCGUGUUGCUGUUGACGCUUGCGGCGGUGCAGUGUGGCGUGAGCGUGACCUGUGCUCGGUUCUAUGGGAAAUCCCCAUCCCUUGGCAGUGUGCGCACAUGUGCCGUUUUUUGCCUCUCUCUUUCCCUGACACUUGCUUCUCUCCCGCUAGUUGGAGUGGGAGACUAUGGGUCCUCACCCUUCUGUCUCCCCUCACCCCUGCCUCCCCCUGCCUCCCGCCUUCCAUCCUCUCUGGGUUUUCCUUUGACGCUCAUUAUGAUAAACACUUUUUGCUUGCUAUUAGUAAUAAGUUCAUACAUUCGGCUAUACUGUGAGUUACUAAGAGGUGAAUGUGAGGGAUUAUGGGACUGUGCGAUGAUCAAACAUGUCGCCUGGUUAAUAUUUACUAACAGCCUCCUCUACGUACCUGUGGCCUUCCUGUCUCUUUGUUCUCUUUUGGGUCUUCUCUCUUUGGGAGAGGAGGUUUUGAAAUCAGUUCUUUUGCUUCUCCAACCUUUACCCGCGUGCCUCAACCCUCUCCUCUUCCUCCUUUUCACGAGAGACCACUCUCACUUUUUCUUCUGGCCUCGCCCAAAAUCACGUCCACAGCUGCGAAGAGACCGCACCCUGGACUCGCUGGUUUCUGUGGAGACAGAGAAGAGCUCCUGCUCCGAUUCAUCAGCCCGGCUGUCACUCACAGAUGCUGAUGCCAUGUACAGUGAGGGCUCCUCUUUUCAGGCUGGACUUGAUCCGAUUCGAUUUUCCCACUGCUCCUCCAGUUCGUCCGUCGCCCUCAUUCCCUGUCAAACACCCACUCUCACUGGUAAGGAGAGGGUCGAAGAAUGA